UCUCCCAUGAAAGUAUAUUAUUUUAUAACGAAUAAAAUAAUAAAUUCAUGUCACUUCGAAUAAGACAAGUAAUGACAGGGCAGCAUAGAUUAAAACAAGGAUACUUUCUCCGAUACCAUAUAUCCACCGACAAUAUCGGUCCAAUAUUAUAAAGGCUAAUAGUAUAUAUAGUUAUAUGUUUAUCCAUCAAUCCUAGUUUCUACCAAGUUCCAUUUUUGGAAUGAUUUUGUUAUGCAGACAAAAGAUAAGAAGAAAUAAAUUGUUGGUAUGCUUUAUACUGGUGUCUAUCUUAGUGAUAUGGAUGGUUAUAUAUGUUCAACGAGUGGCAGACGCCAUAAGAUGUUCGGAAAAAGAUUCUUUAAAUAUUAUAAGCACAACAUGCAAGUGGUAUAAUGAAGGCUAUGUUGUUGGGAGCCUAUGUCCAUUGUUAUGUGGUGAUGAGAAAAAAGUUCAUUAUAAACAUUGCAUCAAUUAUAAAAGUGGUAAAACGGUUUUGAUUACCACUUGUAGAGAUGCUUGUGAGCCUGAAAUAACUAUACCAGCCAUAUUAAAAUCACGCUUUCCGGAUAUUGACGAUUUUACCAAUAGGUUUUUGGGAGGCAGCAGAGACUCUUUUUCAUCGAUUUCAUCACUCAGAUCAAUGUUAUUGGAUACUAUUUGGACCAACCUAGGAAUAAAUAUGAACAAAACUGAAGAUAUUAUAAAGACAAUAUUUGAAGAGGAUUAUACUCAAUAUAUUAAAACCUCUGAUCAAAGAAAUUACCAAGCAUUGGCAAUAACAGUUUGGUCCCUUGCUCAACAACAAGAAUAUUUAAUUACUAAACUCAACCAAGAUAAUGCCCUUUUUCCUAAAAUAUACCAUACUUGUGGUUCCAUAUAUUUGAUGGAAUCAUCACCUCCUGGUGAUAUUCUGGACCCAGCUUUAUUACCUUGGAAAUCUAAAAAAAUAUUAUGGAAAGACAGGGCUGUAACAGCACUCAAACUUUUAGAUGCCAUGUCAAUUAUGGAAAGCGGAUUUCAUCAAACUUUACAUAUGUGUGAUUUGAAAGGAGAGAAUUUUGGUGUGGGUAUGGACGGUGUUAUUAAAUUAAUUGAUACCGAUAGUGUAUUCUUUCACGACCAAUUAGCUAAAGAAUUAAUAACCACAGAAUCAUGUAGAAAACAUUCAGAUUGCAAUUUUUGGGACUGUCAUGGCGUAUGUGGUAAUGAUGGAAAAUGUAAGAAAGAAAGACUCAAUAAUAAUUUACAGAGUUUAUGUGAAGAUGUGUUUUCCAGUUCAUAUCCAGCUUACAACAAUGGUUUACUGAAUUCUCCACCAAAAUCUAUUGCAACUGAUUUAAUAGCCACAUUAAAGGAAUGUGUACGCCCACAAGGUCAAGAUGAAAAAACGACCAAAGUAAUUUAUCACAGACUUUAUAAAUUAUUACAAUCAAGUUUAGCAGAUAGUUUCAAUUAUUGGAAACGAUAAAAUUACGUUUACUAUCAGUAUCUUAUAUAGUAAGUGCAGGGGGACUGCACCACACAUAAUUUACAAAAAAACAAAUAUACAGACAAGACAUAUUAUGCAGAACUCACAAACAGACGCACAAUUCAAAAAAAGUGAAUGGAUCCGGGGGGCUAGCCGUAAGCGUCCACUGCGCUGUACAGUCCCAGGCCUGUAGUGAAACAGACUUCAUUCAUAUUUGAAAACAAUCAGAAAUAAACCCCAGAGAAACCAUUGUGUAAUGCCAGCAUGAGUCAUAAUCUGCUAUAUGUUACAAGAAAUAUGAAUGUAAGCAUAUUGUAGUAAAAAAUAACUAUACAAGUAACCAUAUAGGUGAAAUGUAUAAAAAAAACAACCCAAAACAGGUAGUCUAAAACUAAAUGUUUUUUAAAAGUCAAUAAAGAAACGUUUUAGUAUUCAAUAGAAUAGAGGCAUAUUGAACACAGUAGGGUAAAUGUUUCACCCAUCACAAAAACACAGCAAAAAACAAACAAUACUGAAUACAAAGAAGCUAAUGAGAAAAUGUAGACCGUCUCGAAAGACAGCCGUCUGCUGACUUAAUGACGUAGGUUGUCAAUGACAUCAGAAGUUUAAAAAGUGACAAAAACACCAGAAUAAAAAAGGCGAUAAUCCAGAUAAAAUAACGCCAAAAGGUUUAAUAAACUAUCAGUUUUGCAACUAAUCAGAAUUACUAAGUUAUGUAAUUGCACAAAAUAUAAUACGUAAUAUACCACAAAAAGAAAUGCAAAACAGGUAUGCUGAAGAAAUUGUACUAUGUACAUUGUAAGUGUAUUUAUAAAGGCAUAAAAUAAGGGCGAUAAUCCAGAUAGGAUUAGGUAACUACAGAAAAAUUUAAAAUAAAAUUUUUAAAUUGAAUCAUUAUCCAAUAUGUAGUCGGUUAUAUACUUAUAAGAAAUGUCAAACUUGGUAUGUUGAAGAAAUGGAAGUUUCGAAAUUUCUUUUAAAAUGCACUUAAAAUAAAGAGAUUUUAUUCGGGAAAGAAAUAGUUCUUUAUCGUUACAUAUUGUUAAAAAAUGUAAUGCCUGUGAAUAGAAAACACUAUACAGCCUGGUAUCUGGUAUGUUACUAUAAAUAGAAUAUCAGGGUUUGGUUCACCAACAUUUAUUAAAUUAUUUGUAUGCACAUCAUUAUAUACCAUUUAUUAACUAUUGCCAAUUGUUUACAGACAGUGGGACAACAUAAUACACCCACACUGAAAUAUGGGCAUACAAAAAUGGAAAUCACCAUCUUAUACAUGAAUUUUGCAUGAAAUAUCUAAAUUAGAACAUUAAGAAUAAAAUUCAUAGUUAUCAAAAUGACAUAAAAUUCAUAUAUCAAAAUGGCAUUGAAUCUAGAUAAUUUCAUCCAUACCAAUAUGAAGUGUCUAUUUUAAUUUACAGUUGUUUUGUAAAAUAUAUAUGUAUAUUUUACCACAUUGACCAUUAGCCUAUGGUCUCAGAAUGCUUGUUAAUUUUACUACUCUCUCACGGUUUAUAAUUUGACAAUCAAAUUAUGUUAAUACAUGCACCAUGUGAUAACUGUUUACUACCAAUUGUGCCUUUGUAUUUUAUCCUUGCCAUCAUUCCUACCUUCUUAUUUGCAAAAUACACUAUUUGAUAUAUAAAAUUAUAUCUGCAAAUUUAUGUAUUUUUUGGUAAAAAUUUAAUGGUUAUGCUUACAUUCUAUAUAUACAUGUAUUUAUAAAUGGUGUAUUAAUGUUAUACUGCAUUGUUAUGGAAAGCUUGGUAUGUUUUUUCAUGGUAUUUUACUCAUUUUUUUGUUAAAUUUUUUAUAGUGAAAUGUUAUAUCUUAAAUAUGCUACAUUCUAUAUAAUUUUAUAUUUAUAUAUGGUGUUUUAAUGGAUAAAAGAAUGUUCUAAUAUAUUUGUUACAUAUUGUUAUGGGAAGCCUGGUAGGUCUUUUUGUGGUAUUUUAUUCAAUUUCACGUUAAAAAAUGUUACAAUGAAAUGUUUUCUUUUAAAUAUAUUAUUUCUAUAUUUUUAUAAUUGCUUCUAUACAUUUAUUCCUAUUACAGAUAAUUUUUCUAUAUGUCAGUCUUUUCUUUAUUUUUU